AUGGCCAGCCCCAAGAAACAAACCUGGUUCAUCACCGGCUGUUCUAGCGGCUUCGGCGAGCUGUUUGUGCGCCAGCUCCGCGCUUUGGGUGACAACGUCGUUGCAACCGGACGAAAUGCCAACGAGAGAUUAGCCCAUCUACGCGAUACCGGCGCCACCAUCCUCGAGCUCGAUGUGACGGCGCCCCAAGCCGAAUUAAACGCCAAAUUUCAGGAGGCCGUAGAUAUCUACGGCGGCGUCGACGUCCUGGUCAAUAACGCCGGAUAUAUUCAGUGCGGCGCGGUCGAAGAACUAACACAAGAGGAUCUGCAGCGGUCGAUCGACACCAAUCUGCAUGGUCCUUUGAAUCUAACCCGCGCCGCGUUGCCGCACUUCCGCGGCAAGGGGGACCAAGGUCAGGGCUGGCUCAUUUACAUGAGUUCGCAAUCGGGCUUCUGGGGAGAGCCCGCAUCGACAGGCUACUGCGCCAGCAAGUUCGCCCUCGAAGGCGCUGUGGAGUGUCUAGCCAAGGAGCUGGCAUGGCUGGCACCCGGCAUCAAGCCGCUGCUCAUCGAACCGGGCAUCUUCAGCACCGAGGUCAUGAAUAAUAUCAACCACGUGCCAUAUCGGGUAGAGUUCUGGCGCCCGUUGAAUGACGCCUGUCGCACUCGGGGCCAGGGGAACUACAAGAACGAGCCGGGGGACGCGGUGGAGUUGGUCGACAAGUCUGGGCUUCCUGCGAAAGAAGAUUCAAUUGUUGACGCAGACUGCUGA